AUGGGCUACACAACGUGGUGGAAGCGGCUGUCGCCGAGACAGCUGAAUAUUGCUAUCCAGACCUUUUCGGUUAUCAGCAUCUUCUUUGAAGGCUAUGACCAGGGCGUCAUGGGUGGCGUCAAUGCCUCACCCCGGUACGUCGAGGAGGUAGGCAUUGGACUUCCAGAUGGUACUGUCACGGAUACGCUUCACCAAGGCGGCAUUGUCUCCGUAUACUACCUGGGAUGCAUCGCGGGGUGUUUCGCUGGUGGUUGGCUUGCCGAUGGCAUCGGCCGUAUCAACGGUCUCUUCAUCGGUUGCAUUUUCGCCAUGAUCGGCGGUGCUCUGCAGGCGGCUGCUCAGUCUAGCGACUUCAUGAUUGUCGCUCGCGUCAUCACGGGCAUCGGCACGGGUGCCCUCACGGGCAUCACCCCCGUCAUGGUGUCCGAGACGUCAACGGCGGAGCACCGCGGCGGCUUUCUGGGCUACGUCUUCAUUGCUAAUUAUCUCGGUAUCUCAGUAGCCUACUGGCUCUCCUUUGGCCUCGCCUUUAUCGACGGCGGGUACUCGGACGUCCGAUGGCGGUUCCAGUUGGCCUUUCAAUGUCUUCCAGCGUCGCUGCUCUUUCUGGGCAUCAAGAUGUUGCCUGACACGCCCCGGUUCCUCGCUUCUGUCGGCAGAUACGAUGAGGCCCGCGAGGUCAUCGAACACGUUCGCGGCAGUUUCGGCCCCGUGGUCGAACGCGAAUUCCUCGAGAUCAGGACUGUUGCCGAGGAGAGCACCAAGAGCUCACCUAUCGAGUUCAUCAAGAUCCUGUUCGGCCGCGGACCUAAGCCAGGAUACAACCUUGGACAGCGUGCCUGGCUCUGCCUGUUCCUCCAGAUCAUGGCCUCCUGGACGGGCAUCACAGCUGUGACCGCCUACUCGCCCGUUCUCCUGUCGCAGGCUGGCUACACCGAGCUGACGCAAAACGGACUGGCUGGUGGCCUCAACACGGUCGGUAUCGUGGGCACAAUUAUCAGCGCCCAGAUUGUCGAUCGCCUGGGCCGAAGGACCUGCCUCAUGGGCGGCGCUCUUGCUCUCUUUGCCGUGAACCUCAUUGCCGGUUCCCUCUAUGAGGGCUCGCGGGCUCAUCCCGAUCGAGCGUCCCAGUUCGCUCCAGUCGCGGUAGCCAUGCUCUUUCUCUUCAACCUCUCGUACGCCGCGACGUGGGGCACGAUUGCAUUCUUGAUUCCCACGGAAAUUUGGUCUUCGGAUUUGCGCGCCCAAGGCAACGGAUUCGGCAUCACGGGUUGGGCCAUCGGUGUUGGUAUGACCACGCUGGUGAAUCCGAUCAUGUUUGACGUCUUGGAGAACCGGACAUACUUCUUGUUCGCCGGUCUUAACCUGCUCUGGGUCCCCGUCAUCUUCCUCUUCUACCCUGAAACAACCGGACGCUCACUGGAAUCAAUCGAUGCUCUCUUCGCAGCCAACAGCAUCUUCAACACGAACAUGGAGCGCAGCUACGUGGCCCACGGCGAUGUAUUGGCUGAGCGAGUCAAUCAUGAUAACCAAGUGGCGUCGGCAAGCGAUAGUGGAUCCAAGCCAGGACCUCCCGAGUCGGCCGAGAAGCUGCAGGUUUGA